AUGGCUUCCGACUCAAUAAACGCCGCGUUAGAGCAGGCAGUUCAAAGCAAUGAUGUAGCUGCUUCUCUAGAGAAGCUGCUUGUCGACUUUAAAUCACUCUCGUCACCCGCCACCGCCACUGCCGACCUCAAGCGGGUGAUUGAUGCCGUCCUUACUGCCCAGCUGGGAGUCGUGAGCACCCUUCCCAUCUUGUCGGCGUUUGUCAACGCGGUCCGACAGCUCGAGAACGAUGACCUGUGGAUUGAGGUCGGUAACUACGCUCUCCAGCGCAUUGGAGAAAACACACAGACCGCGUCGAGCUUCCUGGAGCAGUCAAACGCCCUGCGUGAGCUCAUCGCCACCGCCCACGAGCACAACGAGGACUGGAUCGAUGCCGCCAAGACCCUCGCCGAGAUCCCGCUAGAUAGCAGUCAGCGCCGCGCCACGGAAGAAGAGAUGGUCCGCGUGUGGAUUCGCAUUGUGCGCAACUAUCUCGAGGCCGACGACAGCACCAUGGCCGCCUCCUACCUGAACAAGGUCAAGAACGUCAUAUUCAAGGUCCAGGACCGUGACCUCAACCUCCACUUCCGCCUCUCGCAGGCCCGCAUCAACGACUCUCAACGCGAGUUCCUGGCCGCCAGCCACGCGUACCACGAGAUCAGCCUCACCCCCCAGAUUUCUGAGGAGGAGCGCCUGCACACCCUGAGCAUGGCAAUCAAGUGUGCCGUCCUGGCGCCAGCAGGCCCGCUUCGCAGCCGUGCCCUCGGCCGACUAUACAGGGAUGAGCGCUCCGCCGGACAGGAGGAGUAUGGUAUACUGGAAAAGAUGUUCCUGGACCGGUUGCUCUCCCCAGGGGAGGUUGACAAGUUUGCCCAGGGCCUCUCGCCCCACCAGCUCGCGACGACAGCCGACGGCUCAACGGUGCUUGCCAAGGCCGUCGUCGAACAUAACCUGCUCAGUGCGAGCAGGCUCUAUGAUAAUAUUGGGUUUGACGAUCUCGGAGAGCUCCUGGGACUGGAUGGGGCCAAGGCCGAGGAGACUACUGCACGCAUGAUUGAGCAAGGGCGUUUGGUUGGCCGCAUUGAUCAGGUCGACAGGGUUAUCUGGUUCGAGAGUGGCGAGGCGUCCGGUGUUAAGGGUAGCGGACGUGCCAAGGUCGUGGUGGGCAAGGAAAUACGGCGUUGGGACGCCAACGUCCAGGACCUUGCCGAGGAGGUCGAGCACGUCACGAGUCUCCUGCAGAAGGAGUACCCUGAUUUUGUGGCGGCCAACCUGGUAGUCUGA